AUGGUCCGGCAAGGUUCUGGCGGUGGUCCGACGAGUCUCCUGCAGUGGUCCGACGAGGCUCCGGCGGUGGCGUCGAGGGUUUUGCAUUUCAUAUUCUCUUUUUCGUCGCUGUUCGGCUUCGUUGCUUUGCAGAGGUGUAGAGAUUGCACGCGUCGCUUCUUCGGCUCCUUCGUGGCUGUUAGACUUCGCUCCUUCGACGACUUUCCCUUGCUGUCGGAUCGGAAGAUACGACAUUUUGUUCGGAAGCAAGAACGGGAGCUCGCUGGCUGUGAAGGGAAACUUCAUACCUGUAACCACUACCCUGUCACCAUUCCAUCUCUGCAACAUCUCCUGCAAAUAUGUGCAAGAGAAAAAUAUAUUUCGUUAGGAAAAGUCUGUCAUGGAUUGGCAAUUCUUUCUGGUGUCCAGACCGAGACCCUCACUUCUAACAUCGUAAUCAACUUCUACUCCAAAUGUGGCCUGGUUGAUUAUGCUCGGAAGCAGUUUGAUUUAAUGCCGGUGAGAACUAUUGUCUCUUGGAACACUAUGAUUGCGUGCCAUAACAACCAUGGAGAGUAUGUAGAAUCACUAAAUCUUUUUCUGCAAAUUUUACGUCAAGGAUUGGUGCUGAGUGAAUUUACUUUGUCGAGCGUUCUAUGUGCCUGUGCAGAAAAAAUGGCAGUUUAUGAGUGCAGGCAGUUGCAUUGUUUGGCUCUAAAAAUAGCAAGAGAUUCUAACGUGUUUGUUGGAACUGCAAUGAUUGAUGUGUAUGCCAAGAGCAAUAUGAUUGAUGAUUCGUGCCGGGUUUUUUAUCAUUUGCCUGAAAAAUCUUCAGUCACUUGGAGCUCAAUGGUUUCGGGUUAUGUUCAGAAUGAUCUUCAUGAGGAGGCCUUGGUUUUGAUUUUGAAAUCUCAGCAAAUGGAUUUGGAAUGGACAAAGUUCACUCUUUCUGCUGCUCUGAGUGCCUGCACUGCCUUGGCUGCAACUAUUGAAGGAACUCAAUUACAUUCUGUUGUUGUUAGAACUGGUUUUGAUUUAGAUAUAUUUGUGGUCGCUGCUCUCAUAGAUCUCUAUGCUAAAUGUGGCCAUAUAAAGGAAGCUUGGCAUGUAUUUUCAGUCAUGGAAGAGAAGAACAUUGUCAUGUGGAAUGUAAUGAUUGCAGGAUUCUCUAGACAUGCUCGAUGUCUCGAAACUAUGAUACUUCUUGAAAAGAUGAAGAAUAUGGAUAUUUCACCAAAUGAAGUAACUUAUGUAUCAGUUUUGUCCGCUUGUAGCCAUGCUGGCUUGGUUGAAUGUGGCCGCUAUUAUUUCAAACUUAUGACUGAAGAUGAUAAAUUGCAACCUAAUGUUCUUCACUAUUCUUGCAUGGUUGAUGUUCUUGGGCGAUCUGGAUUUAUUGACGAAGCAUGGGAAUUGAUUGAAAACAUGCCAUUUGCUCCCACUGCAUCCAUUUGGGGCUCUUUACUCAGUUCAUGCAGGACUCACGGUAACCUCCAACUGGCCAAGGUUGCAGCAGAACACCUUUUUGAGAUUGAGCCUGAAAAUGCUGGAAACCAUGUGCUGCUCUCAAAUUUAUAUGCCGCAAGAAAACAAUGGGAGCAAGUUGCUGUUAUGAGAAAGCAUUUGAAAGAUAAUGGUGUAAAAAAGGAGAAAGGAAAGAGUUGGAUUGAAGUGAGGGAUCGGGUUUAUGUUUUUGUUGUUGGGGACUAUAACCAUCCAAUGAUUUCUGAGAUAUAUAUGAAAUUGGAGGAUAUAAGGAAGGAAAUGAAGAAGUUGGCUUAUAAAACACGAAGUGACUGUGAUCAUCAUGAUGUUGCUGAAGAGCAAAAGGAGGAACUACUUGGUCAGCAUAGUGAGAAAUUGGCAUUUGCUUUUGGUCUAAUAAGCUUGCCUCCAGGUGUAUCUAUUAGGAUAAAUAAGAAUAUUAGAGUUUGUGGGGAUUGCCACACUUUUCUGAAACUUGCAUCCAAAAUAUCAGGAAGAGAAAUUAUAGUGAGAGAUGUGAAGCGAUUUCACCAUUUUUGUGGUGGCUUAUGUUCUUGUAAGGAUUUCUGGUGAUUAGAAGCCUUAGUGCCCUGAAGUCCGCAUUUUUGUACACCUUAUUUGGAUUCAUAAUGUGUUGCUAUUUGUGUCGCAAAGUUAAGAAAUUAGUAAAGUUUCAGCUUUACAA